AAAAGUUGGCGCCAAAAUAUUAUUUUUAGUUAUAACACAGACGUUCCGCGUGGGGGACAUCCGAAAUAAUUUCAGAAUGAUUGAAGCCGCUGGAAAUCUCGCAAAAUUGAAUCUCAAUGAGCAGAAGCGCUCUGAUUACCUGGACUGGAACGAGUAUUUCAUGGCAACGGCAUUUUUGGCCGCACGCCGCAGCAAAGACCCCAACACUCAGGUAGGCGCAUGCAUCGUCAACGAAGAGAAAAAGAUAGUGGGUGUCGGCUAUAACGGGUUUCCUCUCGGGUGCAGCGAUGAUGAGUUCCCAUGGGGUAAAAUGGCCGAGGAUCCCUUGGACACCAAAUACCUCUACGUGUGCCACGCUGAGAUGAAUGCAAUCCUGAACAAGAACAGCUCGGACGUUAAGAAUUGUACCGUGUACGUGGCGCUGUUUCCCUGCAACGAAUGCGCCAAAAUAAUUAUCCAAUCCAAGAUCAAAGAAGUGAUCUACAUGUCCGAUAAGCAUGCUCACAAAAAAUCUACCAUUGCCUCCAAGAAGAUGUUUGAUGCCGCGGGGAUCAAAUACUGGCAAUUCGUACCAAAGAGGAAUAAAAUCGUUAUUGACUUCUCUGAAAUUGACUGGGACACGCUGAAUCAGCUUCCGGAUACACCAGCCAAAAGCAAUGGUUUAAGACUAGUUGAAAGUAAAAAUGAAAUAUGAAUAAGUUAUUUAUUUUUAGAGGUAGCACUUUAACACGUAGGUAAAAAGACGACAUGGUGGUAGACCAUGCAAUAAAACAAUGGAACGGUAACGAAAA